AUGAGACGACGUUUUUUCGGAAGUAAUCCUCGUCAAGCUGGAACUCAAGAAGUAGAAAAAAAAAGAGCUACAACAAUGCAUCAAGGCUGUGCUGCGGUGUGGAAAUUCUCGCCGCCUCAUUUCGGUAAUAGCCAAAGUAGUCUUGAGGGAAAAACACUUCCCCUUGAUCUACCCGAAAGGAGGAUGAAUAUGCGAAUGAAGGAUCGGGAAAGAGCGAAGGAAGAUAGCUCAGGGAAGAGGAGCAAAGCAGAUGUCAUUAGGGUGGAGGAAACAUAUGGUAUUCCAAAUGAUAGAGAACGAAGUGCAAGUUCAUACCUUGCAAUUUGA